AUGUCAUUAUCAGACCUUGGAAAGUCUUCUAAUAAUGAUAAUGACAGUAACGACGAUUACGACAAUGGUUCAGCGCGACGUUAUUCAGUAAUAGUAACAUCAGCAAAUGAGGAUGUGUUUAUAGGAGAUGAAUAUGUAAAUCCUGAUGAUACUGAUGAUCCUGAUUCUGACAAACAACCUUUACUGAACCAUUCAAUAAAAUCCAAUCAACAUGGUUCGUUAUGUUGUAAAAAUAUCAAAACUCGUUAUAUUAUUGCAAUAUUGGCCUUCUUUGGAUUUUUUUGUGGUUAUACCAUACGUGUUAAUCUUUCAGGAAAUUUUGCUGAACGUUAUGGUGCAAAAUAUAUUUUCGGUGGAAGUGUUUUAAUUACUGGGUUAUUAACAUUAUUAACACCAGUAGCGGCAAGAACUCAUGUAGUCUUUUUGAUUGCCAUUCGUGUUUUAAUUGGUAUUUGCUCUGGUCCACUUUUUCCUUCAGCAGGAGCAUUAUGGGGAAGAUGGAUUCCUCCUCUUGAAAGAUCAACAAUUCCUCCAGCGGCAACAACGGGUGCUAAUAUUGGAAUUGUUAUUUCAACACCAUUGCAUCAUCGAACACCAUGGAAAGAUAUAAUAAAAUGUGUUCCAUUAUAUGGAAUAACAAUAAUGCAUGUAUGUGCUAAUUUUGUUUUUUACACAUUAUUAACAUCAUUACCAAUUUAUUUUGCAACAAUAUUAAAUUUUGAUUUGCAUGAAAAUGGCUUUCUAUUUGCUCUACCCUACUUUUGUCAAUCAGUUAUUACUGUUUGUGCUGGUAACAUAAUGGAACGAAUUCGAAAGAAAACAAAAUUAACAACAACAAGUAUUAGAAAAAUACCAACAAUAAUUGGCUGUGUUGGAUUAUCAAUAUCUUUAGUAGCAAUUGGUUAUUUUGAAUGUAAUAGGAUUGGAGCCGUUUUAUGUUGUAUUUUAGCUGUAGGAUUUAUUGGUUUUUUGAAUGUUGGAUCUGCAGUUUCAUAUUUGGAUCUAGCACCUAACUAUGCAGGAACGCUCGUUGGCAUUACGAAUACAUUAGGCACUAUUCCAGGAUUUGUUGGACCAUUGAUCGUUGGCGCAAUCACAAAUCAUAAUCAAACGUUGCAUGCUUGGAAAGUUAUAUUUGAUCUUACGGCUGGUAUUGGAAUAUUUGGAUGUGUAGCUUUUUGCUUGUUGUUUCGCGGCGAAGAACAAAAAUGGAAUCAUCAUCCUGAUACGGCUGAAGAAAAAACUGUUUUACAAUCAGAUUUACUUAACUGA